GGCUAUGAGAUGAUGGCCGAAGGGUCCGGCAAAGAAACUUCUGACAGUGAUAGUGGUUACGCUGGCAAUCGUGUCGAUGAGAACAAGCAAACUGCGAUCUCCUCAUCGUCGAGUCACACUGAAGGAAGCAGUCACGCAGAAUCUUCGUUAGUUGCAAUCGAUACAUCAGUUCAUCACAUAAGUCCGGUCCAUGUGGCGGCACCAAUAGAAGAACGGGCACUAAUAGCGGCAGCAGCAAGCAAUCUUCCAUCUCAGAAACAGAAUUCUCUGCAAGUGGACUGA